UUUCAGUUUAGAUUUGGUCCAGUGGUACGUCGUACGUGAUAUAUUCGUAGACAUCCCAAACAUGAAGCAAGUGUGCAUUCUUCUAGCUGUGCUGCUCUGCACGGCAGCCGUCGCGGACGCCAUAGUGUAUGUCUACGCGCCAACGUGUGCAAGAUGUAAAAGCAUCGGAGCGCGGUACUGUGGUUAUGGAUAUCUCAACCGGAAGGGCGUCUCAUGCGAUGGACAGACUACCAUCAAUAGUUGUGCGGACUGCAAACGACGACUGGGUCGCUGUUCGGACGGGUUCAUUACGGAGUGCUUCGUGUGAGAAAGUGACAUUCGUCUAGUUUGACGUUCAUGUGGAAACUACUCGGAUUUAUUUUGAUGGUGGAAAAGUAACAAAAAUCUUGAACUCCAAACCGUUGACGCUAAGACGAUCAUUGGUGCAUUGAUCAUCGAUACAGGUUUUGCAGAUCAAAUAUGGAGUUCCAUGCCACUUCAGAUCACCAUGAAGUUGCUGAACUAAUGACGUGUAGAAAAUAAGUCCUCUCGAUAUUUAAUAAAAAUGUGUCGUAGCGUAGAUAUUUAAUUUCUUCUGUAGCAAUGGGUUGUAAUUAAUUAAUUAAAUUUGCUUAAAUAAUACUUUAAAUCAAGUAUCUUAAGCUUUACCACGGCAUUUGUGAAAUAAACCAAGUACUAGAUUACAUUAUUCUCGAGAGAUUCGUAAACGUUAUAGUAUUUUGACAUAAAGAAUGACAUAUGGUAUCUUUUCCGGAAUUAGAGGAAAAAAAAUGUAUAGAAAAUUGGUUUUGAAUUUUACUCAUUUAAAACAAUUUGCAAAUGUGUUUUUUAAAAUGGUCCGAAAGUAUAAUUUUGUAAAUAAAGUCUCCUAAAUUUGAAA